AUGUUUUUCUUUCUUCCUUUUGAACAGCUGUUUUGUGACAGUGAGAAGGUGGUGCAUGCCACGGAGGGACUGGAUUGGGAAGACAAAGAUGCCGCGGGGACCCUGGUGGGUAAUGUGGUGCACUCAAGGAUCAUCAACCCUCUGCGCCUGUUUGUUAAACAAUCUCCAGUCCCCAAGCCUGGACACUUGGCCUAUGCAGACAGCAUGGAGAACUUUUGGGAUUGGCUGGCCAACAUCACGGAGGUUCAGGAGCCAUUGGCAAGAACUAAAAGGAGGCCGAUAGUGAAAACAGGAAAAUUUAAGAAAAUGUUUGGAUGGGGUGACUUCCAUUCCAACAUUAAAACUGUGAAACUCAACCUCCUCAUCACGGGGAAAAUCGUUGACCAUGGAAAUGGAACCUUCAGUGUUUAUUUUCGACAUAAUUCCACCGGCCUGGGCAAUGUUUCAGUGAGUUUGGUACCCCCCUCCAAAGUGGUGGAGUUUGAAGUUUCCCCACAGUCUACCUUGGAGACCAAGGAAUCCAAAUCUUUCAACUGUCGCAUUGAGUAUGAAAAAACAGAUCGGGCCAAGAAGACCGCCCUGUGCAAUUUUGACCCAUCCAAGAUCUGCUACCAGGAGCAGACUCAGAGCCACGUAUCCUGGUUGUGUUCCAAGCCCUUCAAGGUCAUUUGCAUCUACAUUGCCUUUUACAGUGUUGAUUAUAAACUUGUGCAAAAGGUCUGCCCUGACUACAAUUACCAUAGUGAGACUCCCUACUUAUCUUCUGGCUGAAUCUUCCCAUGGCCAAUAAAAAGGAAGGAUAAAUAUAUACUCAAUUAUUAAUAGAACCACCAAGAACCAAGCUCAGCUCUCCAUGGCAAAGGAUCCCUUUUGUUUCUGGCAAUGAACCUUCAUUCCCUAUAAGGUUUUCAAAUUUAAAAAAGAAAAAGAAACAUCUUAAAAGUUGAAAUGUGUUUGUUAUGAUCAUAAUUACCUUAAUCUAAACAGUCAAACUGUGUAUAAAACCAUCACUCUCUCAUAAGACCUCUUUCUCCUGAGGCUGACUCCUUCAGCUAUUCUUGUUUCUCUGAGUCGAUGGUAGCAACAUGGAAGAGGAAAGAACCAAAUAAUGCAUGUGAUAAACAUUGCUCUUGAAAUGAAGCUGCCUUUGAAGUAUGUUUUGGAAAGUUACCUUAAAAAUAGCAGAUCCAGUAAAGUAACUGAAAAGAUUGUAUUUGAUAGAUGAAUCACAUUUCUGACAUUGAAUUCUUUUUUAUUGCUGUCUUUUUCCCCAUGUCUGUGCUGUUAGUGAUAUGAGAGAUGAAGGGGUAAAAUGUGCUUCAAAACUCAUGUGUGAAGUUACAAUGCCACAGUGGAAUGAAACACAUUAUUAUCUGAGCUAGAGCUGAGUGGAGUGGGAUUUAAACACUUACCCUUGGGUUGGUCACCAUCCUUAGGAUUCUUAUCUGAGUAGUAAUACUGGUAUAUUAAAAAAGCAAAUCUGAUUGUAUUGUAAGUCAGUUCAACAAUGAUGAUGAUCAGGAUGUUUUUAGAUUAUUUUGCCAGAUUCAGUGAUGUGAGGUUGUCAAAAAUAUCACAACUCUGUUUUCCCCCUGUAACCUAAUUCUAUUCAUUUGGUGGUAUGCUUUUUGUAUACCUGUGUAGAACAACUUUGAAAUUGAGAGAAAGCAAUUGUUUCCUAGGCUAGCUAGAAUGGGAGAAAGAUUGGAAUUGAAAGGAGGAAAUUCCAGGAUGAUGUAUUCAUUAUUUCUAGCCUGUUAGAUUAAGUUCUCCUUGCAUUUAGCUAUUUAAAUGGGGGAUCGGAUUGUGGAAAUAAAGAGUAUAUUUAAACAAUGCUAAUUAUCAUCAUGCUAAUAACCAAGACACAUGACUCCCUAGGCUUUUGGGAUAACUUCCUAAUGAAUGUUGUCUCAUAACAACAUCCUCUUCAUCUUCUCUGAGGGGGUCAGAUGUCAUCUGUGCCAUAGAACUGGAUGAUCUUCGAAUUAGCAUAGAGAGAGAAUCUGGCUGACCAGUAAAAAAAAUGUUUGUAGAACCUGGAAGAUUCAUGGAAUGGUUACUCCUUUUACGAUAGCCAUCAACUUUUUUCCCCCUUCUUAUCUGUAAAAUAUCAAAGUAAAACACUGAACUGACAGCUGAAGGAAGAACAAAAUGCUCUUACUAUAAAAUGCUCUUACUACGUUGUUCAAAAAGCCAACAACUCUCGUCUCUAUUUUGCAUCUCUAGUCCUUUCCUUUUGCUGGUGAUACCUGCACAGUGUUUGUUUUUGUCUUUUGUAAAAAUUGUACUAGGCUUAGUGUGUGGUAGUACAGGCUUGAAAUUUUUGCUCUGAGUUCAUCGGGUGCUUUUGUAAUUUUGUGGUUGAUGUGAAAUACUUUGAGACAUCAUUUUAUUUUAACCUAGGAACAAGAUCAAACUACUAUUUAUUGUAAAAUAUGUGGGAACCAUAUGUGUAUAUACACUUAGGUUUUCUGUGUACAGAGAAAAAGUAUGUGUACACAUUUCUAUGUAAAUAAAAAGAAUUUCCUAAAUCUGU